UGUACAAUGGACAAUGCUUCUACAAAGAUCAUCAGAUUGAGUCCAAUGAGUCAUCUGACAACAGUUGUGCGUGUACAUCCUUUCGUGGCUGUUUCAAUACUGGCUGUAGCGCUAAUUGGAAUGAUAUUUGCUUCAUCGACAAGCGUCGUAUUUGCACUGACGUUGUUGUUGAUUUAUCACACGGGGUACGUGGAUCCUCGAAUUCAACAACUUGAAGAUCAACUAAACAAUGAAGCAAAACACAACUGCUGCGACAGCUCAUGCAAUUCACCGACUCCAAAGAAUAAGAAAAAUAGCCAAGUGUCGAAAAAAUUUCUACAACGGCAGAUUGCUCAAGCUGAGUUCGUUGCUCUAAGAUGUGCGAAAACGACAUUUCGGAAGGCGAAACAUUGCUGUGAGACGAUAGAUGGGAUACUUACGAUUUGCGACCAGGAUUUGGCACCUGCUUCUACUAUUUUAAAUGAGAAGUGGAUCAGUACCAUCACCUCCAGUUCCGUGCUGAUUUACACAACGGAGAAAUUUGAGCAUCAUUUUGAAGAGGCCUCAUCAGCAAAAACCCACUUGAUGUCAAUAACUGAUGUUGUAGAGGACUUACAAAACACACACGAAUUUGCGUUGAUCGUUCUUGAUUGCCAUUCGUUAACAUCAGUGGUCGAGAUGCUUAAAGAUGCGAAACUGCCAAGCGCAGGAAUACUUGUUGUCGGGGAGAGCGAUACAUUUCAAAAUAUUUCCGGAAUUACUCUAUUGUCGACUCAUCCAGACACAAUCGUCAAAGAUGCUGAUAUUUUACUGGAGCGUUGCGCAUUGGCCUUAUUGAAGAUUCUUCAUUCAGAAUUGUACGAGUCAGAAAAAUCUUUUUCCGAGCAAAAGAGGAUGUGCUUUCUUGACAUUGACGACCUGAUCACGACGCUCUUUCGAAAUAGCGCCAUUCCACGAUCCGACCGGUUGGAAACUCAAAUGCAAAAGAUUAAAUAUCCAUCCCAUAUUGAUGGGGCCAUAGAAAAACUUGUCAGCCUUCCAGCGAUUAUCGGUUGUUUGAAAAAACGUGGAGCUCUGCAAAUAUACGUCAGUCAUUCAACAAAUAAAAGCGCCCAAGACAAUAUUCGACGCGAGUUAGAGAUUCAUGGUAUCGACAAAUACAAUUUCGUGUAUGUGAAAUCGAAAAAUUUGUUUAGCUCUGGUGAUUCUAUUUUCGGCGGCCGCGGUACGCUUGGGGGCUUUGUAAAGAAACUGGAUGUACAGACUGUUGACAUUCAUGCACAAGAAAGCGCCGAAAGAGCUGAUGCAGGUCGCGAUUCGGCAAACACUACCGACUUUACCGUAGCAGCUCUUAUUUCUCGCCACGUCGUCCACGAAACAAAUGCGGAAAUGCUCACAGUUGGUACCAACCAGAACGCAAUUGGGCGUAUUGGCACACUAAAUGAAAGCGAUGCCGUUGAUAUUUUGCCAGUGGAUGUCGAUAGUGUCUAUGCAAGUGAAUGUGAUCCACGUUUCCUAAACGAGCUAAAUGUAAAGAUGUUUUCCAGACUGAAAACAAGUGCAGCCAUUCAAGAAUUGAAUGGCAAACCGGUGCACAUAUGGAGCGCAGGGUCCAAACCAGGUUUUGGUUUAAUAGUGGAGCAAAAUUUCAGAACAUCGAAUGGCCACAGAAUCAUCAUUCGUGAUCGCCGGAGAGACACACCUUUUGCAAGAGAAGGCGACAGCGGAGCUAUGAUUUGUUACGAAGAUCCCGUUAGUGAAGAAUUGUAUGCCGUCGCCAUGCUGGUCUCAGAUGUUCAGCCUGAACACGGCGGUGGCGUUUGAUACACAGCUCAAAUAUUGGACGAUGGCCUUCAGAAACUUUCCGUGAUUAAUGAUUGCAAUUUUGUACUUUUUGAGGAUAACGAUGACUAAUUGCGAUGACAAAGUGUGAAUAAAAUAACUGUGUAUGCUUUGUUAAUAACAAUAUAACAUAUAUAAUUAUGCCUUGAAUGAAGUGUUUGUAACUGUGUCAAAAUAUAGUAAACUUUUUUAAAAUGCAUUCAUGUCUGUAACGAUGUCAAACAUUUUAAGCUUAAAUUGGAAUCUUAACAACAUACUAUUGAAGCUGCAGAUGUGUUUUCUUUCUUCUGUGAUUUAUUAGAUUGCGUUUGUUCUCUAACAUUUCAUGAUAAAAUUUAAAAAUACAACACAAAAUACAAAUACGAUUUAAAUAUUUUGCAUUGCCAGACACGUCCGAAAAGGCGGUACUGACCUUUUUUGAUCCUAUAAAAUACAAAUAUUUUCUGUCCUACAUAUUUCAAUGUGUAUAUAAUUACUGCAAAUUCGCUCGUGUAUAGAUGUUUUAUGUGCCUACACUUUAUGUUAGUUUUGUUUUAAAUGGUGCCAUUUUAAAACGCGCUCUAUAAAAAGAACUGUCAUAUUCGGGUUAUGGGAAUUUAUACACUUAUUGAAUAAGAAAAUUCAAAGUAGCAGCUUUAAUGAGUUUUUAGUGUGUGUUUUUAUUAUUACUGCAGCGUUUAAAGAGCUUUAAUAAUUGUGGGUUUACAUACUUAUUCAAACACAUACCUGUGUACAUUUAUUUAUACGUGGAAAUGUAUUUGUUAUAAUGUAUUUGCACAUAAUGUGUUUGACGUCAUGUGUAUAAUUUUUUACAUCGAUCGUCUUUUAUUCCUUAAUCACGCCUGUAUUAACGAAAAAGCACCCGUACUGUAAACAAAUUGGUAGUCCAAUCGUUUUUGUAAACACGUGAAUUAAAAGGGCGUCAAUCUGCUUAUUGCAUUACAUUUGCAUUGGAUUUUCUCUUCAUUUGUUUGAUUCAUUAUGAAUAUAAAUACAUGACAGUCAAGAUAUUUUUGGAUAAAUAGAAUUUUUUAAUAUUGAUCAUGAGAGCGGCACGAAAAACUAAGUGACUCUCCGUAACUCGUGUUUUUUGUUUAGGUUUUUUAAGGUUAGCCUCGCUAAAUUUAAGUAUUAUAAUUCAUCCCAGACUUUGUAUUUGAACCCAAUAAUAUAUUGCUUGUUAUGUUGACGUAGUCGGUGAUUUUGUCUAAAACUUGCAGUGGUUUUGAAGCUGGAAAAUAAUUUUGUAUCAUGCAAUGGUUUGGAUUAUUCUUUAAAAAGCUGGUUAACUUAUAUACAUAUUUCUACGUAAAAAAGAAUCCGCUAUUUUUAGAGCAUACGUACUUUAAAUGUUUUGUCUAGUAAGUACAAUUCGUUAAAUGAAAACUAUCGUGAGUUCCGAUUUGGGAAUAUGUACGUUAAACAGAAAGUGACAUGGUUUAUGCUAUUAGCGAAAUUA